UUGGGCCACGUGGUCCUGUCCCCAGUCUGGUUCCUCUACAGCCUGCUCAUGAAGCUGUUCCAGCGCUCCACCCCGGCCAUCACCCUCGAGAGCCCGGACAUCAAGUAUCCACUGCGGCUCAUCGACAAGGAGGUCAUCAGCCAUGACACCCGGCGGUUCCGCUUCGCCCUGCCGACGCCCCAGCACAUCCUGGGCCUCCCGGUCGGCCAGCACAUAUACCUCUCAGCUCGAAUCGACGGAAACCUCGUCAUUCGGCCCUACACCCCCGUCUCCAGCGAUGACGACAAGGGCUUCGUGGACCUGGUCAUCAAGGUUUACUUCAAAGACACUCAUCCCAAGUUUCCGGCUGGAGGGAAAAUGUCCCAGUACCUGGAGAGCAUGAAGAUUGGAGACACCAUUGAGUUCCGGGGCCCGAAUGGGCUGCUGGUCUACCAGGGCAAAGGAAAGUUUGCCAUCCGUCCAGACAAGAAAUCCAGCCCGGUCAUCAAGACGGUGAAGUGUGUCGGCAUGAUCGCGGGAGGGACGGGCAUCACCCCGAUGCUGCAGGUGAUCCGCGCCAUCAUGAAGGACCCGGACGACCACACCGUGUGCCACCUGCUCUUUGCCAACCAGACCGAGAAGGACAUUCUGCUGCGGCCCGAGCUGGAGGAACUGAGGAACCAGCACUCUGCGCGCUUCAAGCUCUGGUACACACUGGACAGAGCCCCUGAAGACUGGGACUACAGCCAGGGCUUCGUGACCGAGGAGAUGAUCCGGGACCACCUUCCGCCCCCGGAGGAGGAGCCGCUGGUGCUGAUGUGCGGGCCCCCGCCCAUGAUCCAGUACGCCUGCCUGCCCAACCUGGAGCGCGUGGGCCACCCCAAGGAGCGCUGCUUCGCCUUCUGAGGGCCGGGCCCCGGCCGCCCGCACGCCGCCCCGCGCCCUCCCCGGGCUCUCUGUCCGCACACAGCCCUCCCUGCUGCCCUUCUUUCACGCCACUGUCCCCCACGUCUCCUGCUGUGGCCCCGGGUUCAGCCUGGCCUGCCCGUGCCGGGGUGGUCACCCCGCUGGGCUGGCCCCCAGGGGCCCCUAUAGGAGAGG